CGCAUCCAGAAAUUUUCAGGGAGGGCUGAAGGCUUUGUGAGUGGGACGAUUACAGUCCCCGUCACUCUUCACAAAAAUGCUGCGACGUAGUAGUCAAAACUAUGUCUGCUGGCGGUGUCUCUGCCUUCGGCCACCGGCCGAGCGUGCGCUUCUACGACGGCGCACGCCUCGCUCAGCGGCCGCAGCGUAUUCGGCGCUUGCAACAUCCCGAACGCCGCUGCAGGACACGCGAGUAGCCACCGGGCUUGACCGUCGGCAGCUCCGUUCCGCGUCCACGGAGCAGUCUCCUGCAUUCCGCGGCGCCUCGCAGUUGGACCUCAAUAACCCCGGCGCAUCCCAAUCGUCUGAAGCCCAAAGCCAAGAGCAAGACCCCUUCUCCCAUCUUCCCAUCCGCGAGCGACUCAGGAAAUGGGAGGCCGAGAACCCCAGCCCGGCCCUCGCCGUGCCCCGGGAUCAACCCGCCGACCCGUCUGUCGCCAACAUCUUGACUAAGAACCGGAGCGAGCUUACCUUUACGCUGGACAAUUCCGCCCAGGAUGACGACACUGCGCGCCUACACUUUGACGGCGUCGACAUGGCCGACCUCGGCACGGGGGCCGCCAUACUGCAGGCCGGAGACCUGGUUGAGGUCGGCGGGAGCUCGUGGAAGCUCCGUCUACUGUCCAUCUGCCUGGGCAACUUCAACGGCCACCUCCACUUCUACACCAUCACGGGGAAGUGGUUCACGAGCCGAUUCGUCCGCUCCGGCUUCGUCGUCAAGAAAUUCAUACAGGACCCGGCCGAGCUACAGGCCGUCGUCGAUGCCAUCCCCUCCCUCUCUCCCGACAGCGCGGUGCUCGACCAGCUCCAAGACCUCAACGUCGGGCCGUCACGCGACCUAGCCGCCUCGCUGAUCCGCAAGAUGUUCACUUUCCAGAACAAUGCGCGCCACAUCCACCAGACCUACGUCGAGAGGCUCAGCCGUGCCCACACGGCUCUGGGGAGCGAGGAGAAGCUGCUCAGCCUGCGCGAGAUUGCUGAUGCCCUGCUGCCUGCUAGUCUCAAGCGGGACAAGGGCGUCUUUCCCCCCGAGGCUUUGUACGCUGUGUAUUGUGUCGUGGAGGAACAGGAUCUCGCCUUCCGUGCUCUUGACCGAGGCUCCCGUCACCGCGAGUCGUACGUCUUCAUGUUCCGCUCACCCCGUAUCAACAGCAACGUCCUCCAGGUCGAGAAGCUGGUCCGCGGCUAUUACAACAGGCUUGUCGGUAGCCCGCCUGAGAAUCUGUCGAAGUUCAAUGAUUUCCUGGGAGUAGCCCGUGAGCUCAUUGACCUGUCUCGGAAGGAGCGUGGGUGGUCGCCGUACGGCAUGAUAGGGCCGUACAAGGGGGUUGAUCACUCGGAAUCCUCCAUAUUAAGCAUCCCCGGCUGGUCUGACACUGGCCGCGCCGUUCUCCAAUUCAUGCAGCACUGGGCGUCGGGUGGAUUUCCUCCUGGGUCCCGUUGGCAUUGGAUUGGGCCUUCUAUUUUGCGGGCCAUCGAUCGGUACCAAGACGCUUUGCUCGACAGCACUACAGGAUGGACCUUUCUGCAAGAGAUAGGCUGGAUCCCGCCGUGGGAUGUAAGCGCCCGUCAUGCUCUGCGUCUGCCCGGGAUUCCGCUCUCCAGGCACGUUGGCUUGCUGCCGUCUCCCAAGCCCGAUUCACCCGCUCCUACCGCUUCCGCUCUUGUUGAGCCGGAUCGGCUUGCUCGUCUGCGACAGGAUUUUGCUCGCUCCACCGUCUACUGCAUAGACUCGGCCGACACUCUCGACGUCGACGAUGGAAUCUCACUCGAGGCAGCGGGCAAAGGAGAGUACUGGAUCCAUGUGCACAUCGCCGACCCGGCGUCCCGGAUCGCCCCUGAUAGUCGGCUGGCGAAGCAGGCAGCCUUACGGGUGCAAACCAACUAUCUCGCCGGUUUCUAUCGGCGCAUGCUCGACGGCGAUGACGUCCGGGAGGCCUUUUCCUUGGGCCCUAACAAACCCGCGCUCACUUUCAGCGCCCGGAUCACCGAGACGGGUCGUCUGCUCGAGAGCAAGGUGACGCCCGGAGUGCUACGGGAUGUCGUUUACAUCACCCCGGAGGAAGUGGCCUCCGUCUGCGAUGACAAGGCUUUGGCAAGCGUGCCGUCUGACGUCUUCGAAGUAGGGACACGCCCGGCCGACGACAAGCCCCCCGCCAAGAAAUUGACGACAGCCCGGGAUCUGUCACGAACGCAGCGAAAAGACCUCCAGACGCUGUGGAAGCUUGCCGAUGCCCUCCAGCGAGUCCGUAUCGAAAGGGGAGCUAUUCCUGGAUAUCUGCCUCGCGCAAAGGCCACAGUGUCGCUGGAUGGAGUUACGCCUGUCGAAUUAAAGAGCAAGGACUCGGCGUUUUACCGUGGCGACCCGUACAUCCGCGUGACGUAUGACUGGCAGGGCAUUGUUCUCGUUAGCAGUUUGAUGCAACUGGCCGGCGAAGUCGGCGCACGGUGGUGUUACGAGCGGAACAUUCCCGUGCCAUACCGCGUGCAGGUCAUUGCCGCCGAGAAUGUCGAGGCUCUGCGCAAGUUCAACCGCGAAGUCUUCUAUCCUCAGCUUGCCGCCGGGAAGAAGCCUUCGCCGCAAGACUGGCAUACCUUGCUCAGCCUCGUCGGCGGCUUCGACAUUUCCACCACGCCAGCUCCCAAUCUGGCCAUGGGUCUGGAGCUGUACACCAAAGUGACAUCCCCGCUUCGACGGUACCCGGACCUGCUCGUGCACUGGCAGAUUGAGGCGGCGCUGCUGGAGGAGGAGAGCCGAGGCCAGUCUCUAGUUGUCAGGAAAUCUCCUGGUUCCGGCUCCGGCAGCGAGGAGACUGGUCCGCCGGCCACGGGCACAGCGACAAAGGAGUCGCCGAGUUGGUUGCCGUUCUCCAAGAAUGACCUCGAAGAGGACAUCUUCCCGCGCAUGCGCGUCCGCGAGAAGCACGGCAGGCUGCUCGACAACGUCGACGGCAACAGCCAAUGGAUCCUCCAGGCACUGGUGCGGGCGUGGCGCUUUGGCGAGGGCUCGUCGCCGCUGCCCGAGACCUUCCAGUUCCGCGUCUCGGACGUGGUGCCCAGGCGCGCCCUCAAGGGGCAGAUCGACUGGUUCGACCGCCCUGCCUUUGUCGAGCUCGAAGACAUGAACAAUGUUGCCCGGAUAGCCGACGUAAAGCCCGGCGACGCUUUCAAAGUUGAGCUGGCCGAUGUGAAUGUGUACAUGAACAAGAUCCGCGUGAGGCUUCUAGAAAAGGUUUGAGGCUGGGGAGAGGAGAUGAUAGACUGGAAGAGGGCUGGAAACUUCAUGGGAAUACUAAGGGGCGUCUGGCGGGCUGCAUAUCACAUGUCGGGGUAGAUGCGCCAUUGAUGUUGAACGCUUGUACGAUAAGGGGAAAACAAACGGUUGGGACGAUGUUGAGCGGUCAGUCUUUUGGAUGCCUACGUUGAACAGAUGAAUCGAAGUGCAUGUGGCAUAGACUGCUAGUAUACCAGCAGUUUAGGUACCUAGACAGGGGUAGUUCGAUAUCACA